AUGGAGCGCUUUGACAGACUGCUGGUUGAACAACAACAAGCAAUCCAACAGACGACUUCCCGAGUUCAACAGUUGAGGAAGUACACCGCCGACUAUAUGCAGCUAAAGUUGAAGCUCGAAACUGCCUCAAAAUGCUUAAGUAAGAAGGCACUUAUCCCCUUUUCGCCUCGGGCUCUCGUACCAGCUCGCCUCAUUCACACAAACGAAGUUCUUAUCUACCUUGGAGGAAACGCGGAGCACUUUUGUGAGGCUUCCACAUUUCAAACUUUAUCGAUAAUUGAUAAACGAGUGGAGCGCAUUCAAGGCGAAAUCAAACGGCUCGAGGAGCAACACAGACUGCUUGCCGAUAGAGAAGCGUUUACUCGAAGGUUAGUUAAAGGUGAGCAACCCCACAGCGUCUUUGACAACAAUAUUGACGGUGAAGGAGAAAAAGAAUUUGAAAUACGGGAGGAAUACGAUCCAGAAAAAGAAAAAGUGUGGCAGGCCAAUCAUAAAAGGCGCGUAAAUGACGAACGAGAACAAAGACGAGCUGCGGCCCAAAUCACUUCCAUAUGUAGUCGAACGGAGAAAUCUCAGGUUGGGACGCCGCUAAAGGACUCUUACUAUCUCCCAGACAUAGUUAUCCUUCAUUCAGAUAAUCCGGCAUUACCGGUGAACGCAAACAUAACUGACUGGCGGAGCGCCUCACCUGCUGAUGUGGUUGCCUACACCAAGAAAGAGCAUGCGAAGUCAAGGCCGCCAGCACAUCUCAAAUCCGGAGCAAAUUGUGAGGAAAAAACACCUAGUACGCAAACAGGCGAUUCGGUGCUUUCCUGUGGUGACAUUGCCCGCGAGACAACAUCAUCACUGUCUUCCUACUCCCGGGUAGCACCUUUCUCCGACGUUACUGAGCAUGAACCGAUCUCGAGUGAGAAGCCCAAACACGAGGAGAAAACAGAUGGGUUAGUCUCAAAGUUCCGUUUACGAAGGGACCAAAAAACGUGA